AUGGAGGAAAGUUUCAGAGUGAGAAUCGACAAGAUAUUUGGAUCCCUUUCAUCCUCAUCCGCGUCUCCUUCAUCUCUCAGCAAUCUCUGGUGUCUCGCGGAAGACGAGAUCGAUAGAAACGAACAGAGCGGAGGAAAGGAAGUUUCUGGUUCUGGUUUCCGAUCUUCUCAAUUUGACUCGAAAAGCUUCCCGGAUGUCCCAAGGCAGGAGACUGAGCCAGAAGAAUUGAGCGUCGAUGGAGGCGAAGGAGAGUCUAGUGUAUCGCAGAAGCCGAACGAUUACAAUGACGAGGAGUGGGAGAUCAAAUCCUCUAUCGGGAUGGACACUACUCUUGAUAUGGAGGAAGAGGAAGACGAAAAUGACAAAGUGGCUGUAGGCGACGAAUUGUACGGUUACACGAACGAUGUAAAUGACUAUGAGACGGAGGCAGACGAGUGGGUGGAGCUUCCAACCUCCUUGAAAGAAAGAGAGAAGGAUCCGCGUGCAAAUCACAUCGCAGCUGAGAAUAGGCUUAAAGAAGACGCUGAGGCUGUUAACAAAUUGAUUUCUUUGCACGUCUCUGAGGUACAUGAGGAUGAUCUGUCCAUGUCCACGUCUGAAAAAGAGAAAGCUCUGGUGGUGUCUGAGGACUUGUUGGGGGAUAACAAAGAGAUAGAUGUUGGCUCUGCAGAUGAUAGUGGGCUGAAACCGAUACUGAAGAGGAAAGAAAACCAUGCUGAUUCUAAGUUGCAGAAGCGUGUUCGGUUUAGUGCUGAAAUAGGAGAUGACAAGUGUAAUGGAGGUGACAAAGAUACUGUGAUGGAGACAAGUUCCCCGGAGGAGAAUACAGUGCAGCCAGACUAUCCGUGUGGGAUUCCAGAUUAUAUGCGAAACCCAUCAAAGUACACGAGAUACACAUUUGAUGAAGGCGAGGUUGAUGAAGAAUCAAACCGGAAAGCAUACAUGGACUUUCUCAACAUGAUUAGGAGGCGAGAUGAGCCUGUAGUAGACCCUCUUGUUGAGCUUCCAAGUUCAGUGGCUUUUGUACCCAAGAGAAAACCAAUGGCUGAAAGCAAAGUAGAGAACGUAGACAAGGGUUGCGAGGGAAGAAGAGGCGCGAUAGCUGUCGUAGAUACCAUAGAGGACAGCACCUUGUCUGCCAUGGAAGAAGAUGAACCGGAAACUGCUCUAAAUGUCAAAAGAAGACCUGGUCGCCAGUAUCGAGCCAGAGCCAAGGAUGAUCAAGAGGAAUGA